UCUCUCUCUCUCUCUCCCCCCUCCUGCCGAGUCACUUGCGCCUGCUCCUCCCCUUCCGGCCCCAUCCAGGUGCACAUCCCGCCAUUCCAUUCUCUUCCGGAGCCGCCGCACCCACCGUCACACAUACACUGCCUGGAGAGGGGGCCAUCAGGCGUGCCCCGGGCCAGCCAGCCAGCCAGCCAGCCAGCAGGCCACCCAAAGACAGGGCCAUGUUCACAUCGGUCGAGCGCGUCCGCCGACGAACCGGCCGGAAGUCCCUCUCGCGCUCGGACUAUCUGUUUGGCUGCUUGGUGACCCUGCGCGAUCGCCAAACCGACGACGCCCACCGGCUCGAGGUCCUCGCACACCUGGGCAACUUCGCCUAUGACCCCUUCAACCACCGGUUCCUGCAGCCGCAUGGCUUCUCCUCGCUGUUGAUGGCGACAAUCGCCGAUCCACGGUCCGGCCGGGAGGUACCCCUCCGAUGCCCCUGCCCGGCAGCCGUUCGACAGCUCCUGCACCAUGCGACCGCCGGAUUGGUGAACAUUCUGCCUGGCAUCAACGUUGGCCCUCCCGGCCGGGACGGCUCGGCGGGCCUCCUGCAGGACGCCUUCAGUGCGCUGCUGGCCGCCUGCCGCGCCGGAGCCGGGGCCUGCGCCCCGACGCCCGGAGCCCCCUCGGCCUUUUUCUUCGACGGCGUGUCGCUCAUUUGGCUGGCCUGCCCCCAUGGGUCCCCUGGGGUGCCCCCUUGCGCCGUGUGCCGGGACAUGCUGCUGCAGGUGACCCAGUCCGCGGGCGAGUGUUGCGCGGUUGCCACCAACGCCGGGUGCUUGGGCGACCGGCUUCGCAGCGCCCCUCCGGACGGCGGGCCUGCCAUGGAAUGGGCCUGCCUCGACUUGCGCCUGGCCGCCCUGGCCUUGGCCCUGCUUGAAACCCUGGCUGCCGGGCCUCGAUCUCGGGAAUCCGCCGCCCUGUUGGCAGAGCUCGGUGCCGGCAUCGACAUGGUCGACGCCUGGCUGCCUGGGCUGGAGGCGGUGCAACGCGCGGCGGCUCUACACGCGGCGGAUGCUGUCCGCCAUGCGCAAUCGCUCCAGCACCCGGCGGCGGCCCUGCUUCGGGAGCAUGCGCCCACCGGCCGGCCGGCCGUUCUGCGGCCACUUCAUCAAGCCGCCAGCCUGGCGGCCCAGCUGGACUGCGCUCGCCAGAGUGCCCGUCUCGCGGCCGGUGCUCCGCCCCCGCGGCGGGACGACGGCCAGAUACCCAGCGAGCCGGGUGGCGAAACUGGGUGAAUGGCCCCCGGCGUCCGUUGGCACAUGGCUCAUGCCGAUCGCCCCCGCCGCCCGUCCCACCCGCGUGCACUUUGGCG